CACUGAUGGGCAGCACUGAUGGGCGGCACUGCUGGGCACUGAUGGGAGGCACUGAUGGGCACUGCUGGGCGGCACUGCUGGGCAACACUGAUGGACACAGGUGGGUGGCACUGAUGGGCACAGGUGGGUGGCACUGAUGGGCACAGGUGAGUGGCACUGCAUGGCACAGGUGGGUGGCACUGAUGGGCGCAGGUGGGUGGCCCUGAUGGGCACAGGUGGGUGGCACUGAUGGGCACAGGUGGGUGGCACAGAUCAUCAGGGCACUGAUCAUCAGUGACAGU